AACAACUGUAGAAAUAAAAGCAUCGGUCAGGGGAAUACUCCCCCGAAUCGAGAAUUUGAAGAAUCCCCUCCAGCUAGGGACUCGAGAAACGAGGAUUCGGAUCCGGAUCCGUAUCCGGAGGAUCCCGUAGGAACUGACGAGAGAAAUACAGAUAUUUUAGUUUCUGGGGAGGCAGACUCUCAGGGAUUAAACGAAGAUUCGGAUGAGAACAAUUUGCAAUCGCCGAAUCAAUCUCCCAAUUCAAACGUAAUCGAAUAUUGUGAGCAAGGACCGGAAUAUCCUGUCGGAGCUGCCCCAGCAGAAGAAGUACAGGAGAACGAAGCCAACAGUAGCGGUAACAAGUCGGACUGGUAUACUCGCAAUAAUAGAGGCGCAGAGCGUUUAAUAAGUGGCUCUGAUAGCGAGGACGAACGGUGGCAGCAAGAAUCAAGGGAUGUUCCUUUCAGGCGUGCAGAUUCUGAUUAUUCCGUAGAGAUCAGACGUAAUUCCCAACGCGAUAAUUUUUACAGGGGAUAUGACAGUGGCCCAGAAGGAAGGUUUUUGCGGUGGAGUACCUUUCCCGAUAGUAGUGAGGACGAGGCAAUACGACCAGGUGUAUACGGUCAUUCACCAGCACUUUCCGAUUCACGAUUACCUCUAUCGGAAGGAGAGCCGCAGGAAGAAGCUCAACGUGGCGGUUAUAUUGUGGACUUGAAUCGCCAGUACCAGUAUUCAGAUUCUGAGGAAGAAGCAUAUUUCGCUAGAAAUCGGGUCACAUUUUACGGUUAUCAGCCAAAUCGAGAAUCGGAAUCCGAUAGCGACAACGAAAUAUCAAGUACAUCUUCAGAAUCGUCUUCAACGGGAGGACAAAGCUCUGACGACGAUUCGCGAGUAGUUUCAGAAGCGGAAUCGAGUUCUUUGGAUACAGAAGACAGAGUCGAUCCAGUUACUGGGUGGAUAUCGUGCAAUCGAGUAAGUGUUUCCGAACGCGAGGAAGAAAUCGACGACAAGCAACAGAAGCCUUCGGAGGAUAGCGAAGACGAACAAAAAUAUAGACAGGACGAGCAGCAAGGCAAACAGCAAAGAAAACGCAAAUUGCUAGGUCGCUGGGGUUCUAAUAAAUCCAAAAAACCAUUAUUGGACGUUGAGGAAGAAGAGACACUAUCAGAACACUAUUCACUUUCAGAAUUUGAGGAUGAUAUCCCCAUAAAGGGAAAUAAUAGCACGGAACCAAAGAAAUUGAAAAAACCAACAUUGCAAAGUGAGAGAGACCAAUCGGAGGAGGAACGUGAAGACACGGAAAGCGAAGAGUCUGACGAUACAGAUUCGGAUUCAGAUUCAAAUUCAAAUUCAGAUUCGGAUUCAGAUUCGGAUUCGGAUUCAGAUUCAGAUUCUGAUUCUGAAUCAGAAGGAGGACCAGGAGCUUCACAUUCUGAGGAACCUGCGCAGGAUAAAUAUCCUAAAGGCGGCGGAGCCCAUCAAGAUCCAGCUCCUAAAGCCAGAGCCGAUCAAGAUCCAGCUCCUGAAGGCGGAGCCGAUCAAGAUCCAGCUCCUGAAGGCGGAGCCGAUCAAGAUUUAACUCCUGAAGGCGGAGCCAAUCAAGAUCCAGCUCCAGCUCCUGAGAAUAACGAUCAAAUUUGUGAGGAGGAAGACGAACCCCUCUUCUACUUAGGGAAAAGGGAGGUGCUCAAAUUUGUAUCGAAUCCUUUGGGGGAUGAUCUAACAGAAUUGGACGUUAAACUACUGCUCUAUAUGACAUUUGGAGCCGACAAACUGGAAGACCUACAAAGCUAUUUUGAUAUCAUUAACCAAGAGCAGCAGAAGCAACCAGAGGAAGAACAUCAGCAAAAAUUGCAACAAGAGCAUCAGCAACAAUUGCAACAACAAAAGCAGGAACACUUGCAACAGGAACAACACUUGCAACAGGAACAACACUUGCAACAGGAACAACUUUUGCAACAGGAACAACUUUUGCAACAGCAGCAGCAACAGGAACAAUUGGAAGAGUUGCAAGAACUGGAAGAGCAGCGACAGCGGAAGAGCCUCCUGCUUGAGCAACAGAGAUUGUUUGUUCAAGAAAAAGUGCGGCAACAGAAGGAGCAGCACCGUUGGCAGCAGGAUCAAGUAGAGCGCGAACGUCAAUUGCGCCAGCAAGAGGAGCAAAAGCGACUGGAAUACGAACGAAACUUGGAGAGACAGAGGGAGGACUGUAAACGUCAGUUGCGUCUGCAGCGCGAGCAAUAUCUGAUCAAGAUUAAGCAGCUGGAGAAGCUCAGGCAGCGCCAGCAGCAGGAGAAUCGGCCCUACAAUACACAGCCACAGCGCAAGCACGAGCUGAUGCAAAACGAUAUGGUCAGCAUACCGGUGGCCAACUUAAACGGCGGCCUUAAGGCGGCCAGCAGCGGAUCCGGAGUGGGUGUAGUGGCCGCCGGCGGCGUCGUAUCCUCGGCGGUCCUGGCAAAUGCCCCCCGUGUUUACCUAACGCCUUCCUCCACAUUCAUGGCCAAUCGCCAAAUGGCGGGAGUGGCAACCACCGGAAAAAUCAGCGGACCGGUGGUCGGCGGUUCAGCCGGCACAACCUCAGCCGCCGGUACCGUUCGCUAUUUUUCGCAAUUCAGCAAAGUGCAAACGGCUGGCGGACCCAGUCUGCAGAGGAAACUGGCCAACGGGGAUACCAUUGUGCUGGCGAACGGCAACAAAAGUAUGUUCCUUACUAGCAGCGAUAACAAGGGUGCGUUGCAGACUGUCGCCACCAAUGGCAAUGGCUUGCUCACAGCCAAAACGGAGCUAUUGGAGGAGGAGGGCAUGCAGCCGGUAACUGUGAUUGAUGACGAGGGCGAUGACGAGGGCGAGGGCGAGGGCGACGGCGAUGGAGAUGGAGAGGAGAGCAGCAACAAUGCCAAAUCCAGUGGGGAUCAGCAGCCAAUGGCACUGACCAACGCGGCCAACGAAGGCAAUGGCUCCGAUGAUGAGCCCGAGCUGGACAUUGUGAUAAACAAUGUGGUCUGCUCGUUUAGCGUCGGCUGUCACCUGAAGCUGCGCGAUAUUGCGUUGCAGGGAUCGAAUGUGGAGUACCGUCGCGAAAAUGGAAUGGUGACAAUGAAGCUCCGUCAUCCAUACACUACGGCCUCGAUUUGGUCGUCGGGAAGGAUUACAUGUACUGGUGCUACUUCCGAGGCAAUGGCCAAGGUUGCUGCACGCCGCUAUGCCAGAUGCCUUGGAAAACUGGGAUUUCCCACUCGUUUCCUCAACUUUCGCAUUGUCAACGUGCUGGGCACCUGCAGCAUGCCGUGGGCCAUCAAGAUCGUUAACUUCUCGGAGCGGCAUCGCGAGAACGCCAGCUACGAGCCUGAGUUGCACCCUGGUGUGACUUACAAGAUGCGCGACCCUGACCCAAAGGCCACCCUGAAGAUCUUCUCCACCGGCAGCGUAACAGUUACUGCGGCUAGCGUAAGCCAUGUUGAAUCGGCUAUCCAGCACAUAUAUCCUCUGGUCUUCGAUUUCCGCAAGAAGCGAUCGGCGGAGGAGCUACAGCAUCUGCGUCAAAAGCAGCGUCUACAAGGCGGCGGUGACCCCAACGAGCUCGAGAAGAAUGUCUUAGCAGAUAACAAGACGUCUGCCCAGGAUAAUAUCUUUAUUAACACAACAGCGGCGCACUCUAAAUCAGCAUCUGCGGGCAUUUUGUCCAGCACAAUUGAUAGUAUGCCCCGUCUGAAACAGAUAGUUAACUAUCACCAGAUGAUGAAGCAGACCCAGGAUGAGCGCCGCCACAUACCUUUUCAUGGGGAGAAGGUCAAUCCGGCUUCCACCUCGUCGGCGGCUGCAGCUCCUUCCACCUCCUCCUCGUCCUCAUCCGGAGAUAAUAUCUGUGCCAAUGCCCGUCGUCGGGCAACCGAAUGCUGGGCCACCAAGCUGCAGAACAAGCGUCCACGUUACAAUGAUCCUGGCACCACGGGCACCAUCAACGCCUCGUCAUCCUCAGCAUCAGCCACAUCUUCGUUCGCCCCCCAGGCGAACCCCCUGCGUAAUCCUCUCAAGACGGCCGCAUUGGCCAAUGCUCGUAUGCGCGGCGCCAAGGUGCCAACAUGCAUGGUGACGGGCACACGCAUUGCCUCCAACAGUCUAAUCCUACACCAGCAGCAACUUGUCCACAUGCAGCAACAGCAGCAGCAAAAGCUGCGUCAGACCAGUUUCUCGCCCAGCGAGUUCAAUGUGGACGACUUGAUCGAGGAAGAGAGCAACGAAUUGGACAUGCACUUUUAAGUUAGCGCUGUCCGUGCCAAAACAUUUCAACUAAAAUGAUGAAUCGAUGAAAACGCAAACAACAAACACGCCACACUCACAAAACCCCACGAGCUUUUCCCCGAAUAUGUUGGUUAUUUGUUUAAGUCAUUUUUCAUCACAUUUGUUUUUUGUGUGUAUGCCGCAUUUAAACCAAACUCGAGGAAACCCGGACACCGAAGCGAAAACAAAAAAGGAAGGUAUGGAAGCAAGAAGAACACGACAAGCACUUGAAUCCAAAGCGAAUCAGAAGUUCGCAAGCAAUACCAACAAAACACCGCAGCAACAACAAAAUCAAGAGCCAAAUAUUUACCAUAUAAGAUUUACGUUUAAACUACUUUGUAAGUUAAGCGAGCACACCAGAAACAAACUAGCAGAGAUAGCAUAUAGAUGAGUUCGACCCCGAAGUAUCCCAGAAACCUCAAAGACAUCUGUAUGGUAAACAGAGAGCUUACCACAACGUAAACUUAAGUUUAGACUUAAAACCGACAGCGAAGUACGAGUUAUGAAUACGUAUGCCAGCGUUUUACGUAUAUAACCAAAAUCUGUGGAUUACUUGGAGUCACCAUGAAUCAUCAUUGAUCGCAAUUAUCAUCUGUGGAAGCAAGAACACACCGCCAAAACAAAUACUGUAAAUCCCACAUACAACUACAUAACAUAAUCACUAGGACAGGAAGGUGACGAUACGAGCAAGUUGUCCGGGCGGAUCGCAUGCUUCCUUGCAUGUUCUUUUUUUUUUUUUGCUGAACUCAAAUUCAGUUCUGCCCAAGCAAACCAAAAUUCUCAAGUAAAACACGAGGAGGAGACCAGAGAAAGAAACACUAGGAUAGUUAUCAAUUAUUUGAAAAACAACUGAUUAAUGUCUUGUAUUUUCAUAUCAUUUUUUUUUCGUUUUCGCUCUAAGUUCUACAUACUAAGUAAUAUACAUAAGCGCUUUGUGUGGAGCAUAACAAGCAAAACAAACAUUGAAUACGAUUAUAUUAAUAUAAAUCACACAUACACACACACACACAAAUACCUAUAUCUGGUCACUUCUCACCAAUUAUAACAAAACUGAAAAAACAGCAAGUAAUUAUGUUUUGAUUUGUGCUGGCAGUUUUUGGGUUGCGCAGAAACUCGAUGAACUGAUGAAACUGAAUGAACUCUUGUAUGAUGAUGACAAAGAACAUUGAAGUAGGAUAGGCAAGAAGAGGGUUUAUUCAAUAUAGUCGGUUUAUGCGCGGCUUAUUACUAUUACCAGGCGUAUACCUAACAUACAUAGUAAUGUAUCAUUUUGUAUUUCGCUUUAGUUUUAUGAGUUAGUAGGGGAUGCAACUUAAGCGUAGAUUUACAAACUUGUUCCUGUGUUGUUAAAAUCAGAAAGUAAAUAUUUUAGUUAACUUAACGAAGCAUACGCAUACACAAACACACUCACACACACAUUGAACACAAGCAUACGUAUACAUAUACAUAAUAUUAAGGCAUCCAAACAAAGAAAGAAACAAACAAACAAAUGAACGAACGAACGAACGAAUCAUAAGCAAUAAUACAAUGUUUUCGUUGUAAAAGAGGUAAAAUCUAAAGAAAGAAAUACUCACGUUAAACAUAAAAUAACAAACUCUAGAUGUUUUGGCGUGCCUUCACCCAUAAAUAGGAAAACAAAAUGAGAUACGAUAGCCAAUUGUACAAUCAUUGAAAUAGUACUUCCAGACCAGAACCGCACCGAACCCAAAAUCAUUGUACAUACGCCCAAAAUCGAUGUUUUCCAAUUAAGCGUGAAUUGCCUCAUUCGUACAUCAAGUUCAAUUUUCAUUUGUGCUUAACAUGAAACCAACUUUCAUAUCGUUCAACUUAUGCAUAAUCAAAAUAGCUAAAAGGGGAAUUACAUAUUAGUGAGAAAUAUCAACAUUUCUUUCCCUCGACAUUCUUUGUUCUAUUUUUUGUUUUUUAUUUUUUUUUGUUUUUUUUUUGUACUUGAUUUGCAUAAACAAAAUCGAGAAAUGAAAAUGCCUUUAGGGAACAAAUAACUAGCGCGGAAAGGAAAGAGAUAGGUUUAGGUAUAGAGAAAGCGAAGGAUAUUGAACAGAUCGGAGCCGAAAUGUAUUUUUUGUGUAUGCGAAUAUGUGAAUAGGUCGAUGAAGACCCGAACGUGUUACAAUUGCAAAAUUAACUAGCCACUAAGCCUUAGACCUAAGUUAGCUGACACACUGAAUACUAAAUGUAAGCCAAAACGCAUAUAGCAAUCUAAAACAGAAAAUGAAACAAAAAAAAAAAUCAAAUCUAAAGGAACCUAACGAGAACAUAAUUGUAAUCUAAGUGUACAUUAAAUAGUUGUUAACAAAAUCACAAAACAAAACGAAAGCAAGAAACCAACAAUAGUGUAAUGUCUUCACGUCUAACUGCCUUCGAAAGAUUCAAGAAUUAUUGAAAUUUAAGCAAAACCAUUUGAAUGCGAAGUAGUAUUCUCUUAAAACACGACUGCAAAUUGCUUCACUUCAACCUUGUACUUUCAACACUUUUUUUGUUAGAGCAACAACAGCAACCAACGGACGGACAAACGGACAGACGGACAAAUAGAUCGAAAGGCCUAAAUAAGUGUAUUUGGUUUCAAGAACUUUGAAAAAGCAAAACUUAAUAUUAAUAUAGUAUACAGAUAUAUUUUUGAUUAUUAUGUAUUUAAUGAGAACAAUGAAACGAUAAUGAUAAUGAUGCAAGUAUCGAUGAUAACUAAGUGAAAACAAAUUGAGAAAUCAAAUAGCAUAAUUCUGUUUUUGUUUUGCCGUAAAGACUGCAUUAUACCAACAAUUAAUUAUAUACAAACAUAAUAAAUAAAUAACUGAUAAUGGCGAGUUAGCUUUGCACUAAGCAGAGAACAAAACGGAAACAUUUAAAGCAAGCUGAAAAAUUCUAAACACAAACACACAAAAAAAAAAACAAGAAAACAAGAACAACAAAAACAUGGAAAACAAAACCAAGAAACAUUUAUUUAUUAGCUCCUAAGUGAAGACUAAGAUUUGCUAGCAGUGAUGGAGAUCAAGUCAGGCCAGAGCGGACCUUAAAGGUACCGCAUCCAAUACGAAAAGCAAGAUGAAAUUACCUUAC